CCAGCUAAUUCCUUGUGCAAGUAGGCUUUUUACACAAGCAAAAGGAAAAACACAAUAUUUUUUUUAAAAUUGCUUUUAAUCUCAUAAAACCUAACAGAGAAAUUAAGCACUGAUACCUAGUGUCUGAAGCCACUUUAAAAUUGUGUUUUCAAAAUUACCAAAUUUCAGGCUUAUUAUUUGUUAAUGAUGAGCUAUUUCAAAGAUGUAAAAAUAUUAUUUUGGCAGAAAAUUUCCUGUUAAGAUAAAAAAACUGGAUGCACACAGAACAAAGAUAGUGUGAGGCCUGGGUACUGCCUAUGAGGCAAAUGUUAGCAGCAGACAGGAAAACAGCAGCUGUGCACCAUUCUUGGACACAAAGUCCUCAGGAGUCACGAGGUUAGUGCAGGAUCUCUUUUUUCAUGCCUGGUUUUGCUGACUACAGAGUCACUUAGUCAACUAUAAUAAUCAGAAUAAAAGUCCUCUCCUAAAGUUAGACUAGUUUAUGCUAAUCUAUGGCAAGGAAAAGCAAGUCAAAUCUGUCAGAAUUGUGUCUAGAAGAAAACAAAGAUCAGAUAUAUGAAAAUGCCCUUGCUGAGAUCCAGUCCUUUGAGUUGCCUCUUGGAACCACACUAAGGUCUGUAUAUGAUGACCAACCAAAUGCACAUCAGAAGUUUAUGGAAAAACUUGAUGCCUGCAUACGUAACCAUGACAGGGAGAUAGAAAAGAUGUGCAAUUUUCACCAUCAGGGCUUUGUGGAUGCUAUUACAGAACUUCUUAAAGUUAGGGCUGAUGCAGAAAAAUUAAAGGUCCAAGUUACUGAUACCAACCGAAGGCUUCAGGAUGCUGGGAAAGAGGUGAUAUCCCAAACAGAGGAAAUCAUCCGAUGUAGAGUUCAACAGCGGAAUAUUACAACAGUUGUGGAAAAACUACAGUUGUGUCUUCCAGUGCUGGAAAUGUACAGCAAAUUAAAAGAACAGAUGAAUGUAAAAAGAUACUAUUCUGCUUUAAAAACAAUGGAACAGCUUGAAAAUCUAUAUCUUCCUAGAGUUAGCCAAUAUCGGUUUUGCCAGAUAAUGAUAGAAAAUCUUCCAAAACUGCGUGAAGAAAUAAAAGAAAUAUCCAUGUCAGAUCUAAAAGAUUUCUUAGAAAGUAUUCGAAAGCAUUCUGACAGAAUUGGGGAGACUGCCAUGAAGCAGGCACAGCAACAGAAGACCUUUAGUACCACUCUUCAGAAGCAGAAUAAUGUAAACUAUGGUCGGAAUAUGCAUUUAGGUAGAAGCAGAAUUUCAGAAUCCAAGAAUGAAAUGACAUUGAAGCGAACAUUUGAAGAUGAUGAUGAACAUGAAGACGAGGUUUUGACAGCCCAAGAUCUUGUAGACUUUUCUCCAGUCUAUAGGUGUUUGCACAUCUACUCAGUUUUGGGUGAUGGAGAAAUAUUUGAAAAUUACUACAGAAAACAAAGAAGGAAACAAGCACGAUUAGUUCUGCAGCCACAGUCAAGCAUGCAUGAAACAGUAGAAGGCUAUAGAAGAUACUUCAGCCAAAUUGUAGGUUUCUUUGUAGUAGAAGACCACAUUUUACAUGUAACCCAAGGAUUGGUAACUAGAACAUAUACUGAUGAACUCUGGAACAUGGCCCUUUCCAAGAUCGUUGCUGUUCUUAGAACACAUUCAUCAUAUUGCACUGAUCCUGAUCUUGUUCUGGAAUUGAAGAAUCUCAUUGUAGUAUUUGCUGAUACUUUACAGGGCUAUGGUUUUCCUGUGAACCGACUAUUUGAUCUUUUAUUCGAGAUAAGAGACCAGUACAAUGAAACGCUUCUUAAAAAGUGGUCUGGAUUGUUCAGGGAUAUUUUUGAAGCAGACAACUACAGCCCUAUUCCUGUAGCAAAUGAAGAGGAAUACAAAAUAGUCAUAAGCAAAUUUCCUUUUCAAGAUCCAGAACUUGAUAAGGUUAGGAUGAAGCAUCCUCACAUUUUACAGCAGUCCUUUCCAAAGAAGCUUCCAAUGUCUCAGUCAGUGCCUCAGAUUUAUAUGCAGGUCAAGGAAUUUAUUUACGCAAGCCUUAAGUUUUCGGAGUCACUUCACCGCAGCUCAACAGAAAUAGAUGAUAUGCUCAGAAAAUCUACAAAUUUGCUGCUUACAAGAACCCUAAGUAGUUGUUUACAGAAUCUAAUUAAAAAACCUCAUAUAGGUUUAACAGAGCUUGUUCAAAUCAUCAUAAACACAACACACUUGGAACAAGCCUGUAAAUACCUUGAGGAUUUUAUAUCAAACAUUACAAAUAUUUCACAGCUGACUGUUCACACUGCAAGACUUUAUGGACUUUCUACGUUUAAGGAUGCAAGACAUGCUGCAGAAGGAGAAAUAUAUACAAAACUUAACCAAAAAAUAGAUGAAUUUAUUCAGAUUGCUGAUUAUGAUUGGACAAUGUCUGAAUCAGAUGGAAGAGCCAGUGGAUACUUAAUGGACCUAAUUAACUUUUUAAGAAGCACGUUUCAAGUUUUUACUCAUUUACCUAAUAACAACAAUGACCAUGCAGCUAUGUCGGGAAAAGUGGCCCAGACAGCUUGCAUGUCAGCCUGCCAGCAUCUUUCAAUGUCCCUAAUGCAGAUGCUACUGGACAGUGAAUUAAAACAAAUAAGCAUGGGAGCAAUUCAGCAGUUUAAUUUAGAUGUGAUCCAGUGUGAAUUGUUUGCUAGUUCUGAGCCUGUGCCAGGAUUCCAGGGAGACACCCUGCAGUUAGCUUUCAUCGACCUCAGACAACUCCUGGACCUCUUCAUGGUGUGGGACUGGUCCACCUACCUGGCUGACUACGGGCAGGCCACCUCCAAGUACCUGCGGGUCAACCCCAGCACGGCCCUCACGCUCCUGGAGAAAGUUCACAGAGGAAUGAAAGACUCCAGCAAAAAGAACAACAUUUUUGCUCAAUUCAGAAAGAAUGAUCGUGACAAGCAGAAGCUAAUAGAGACUGUAGUAAAGCAACUUAGGAGUUUAGUGAAUGGUAUGUCCCAGCACACAUAGGCCUCUUAAAUCAACAAUAUCUCGUCAUGCCAAGAGGUGUUUCUUAGCCACUAUUUCUACUAAGCAGAGUGAUACCAGUUAGGACAUUUGUUUGACUGAGUAAAGGAGAAAUGCAGUAGAUGGAUUGUACAUGGAGUCUUCAACAAACAAUUCUUUGUACGUAUUUUUAAUGGUUCGAAUACUAUUUUGUAUAUUGUAAACAAAUGGUAAAAAAUGAGACUGUACAAUAAAAACCAGCGCAAUCGUAUUGUACAUGGAACAGCUGAACUGUAAAUACGUUAUUUAAAUAUCUGCAGAUAUGGUGUCCAAAAUUUUGCUCCGGAUAGGAAUUAUUUGAGAAAUGAUCCCUUAGUUGCUAUUUUCUGGUUGAAUCCUAAUUUAAUGUUUUUAAGCAUUGAGAUACUUGUGUUUCAGAUGCUGCCUAUUGUUUUCCUGCGUUAAAUGUAUAUUAGCCUUAAAGUGACUGGACAUAAUUUUGUAUAUCAGAUUUUGUAGUCUGGAGGUAUGACAAAGUCUUCUGAUUUUUAGUACCUUUGAAAACUACCUGAGAACUAGACUUGAUACCUAUUUAGUGUUAGGACUUAUAGGCUUUGUUCUCCAAAAGGGUUUAAUCUUGAGGUCGUGAAUGUAAAUAACCAUUUGAGUUCUUUAUAAUGUGACAUUUUGUUUCGUUUUGGUUUUGUUCCUCAGGGUUACUAAUUCUAUUUUGUAAGAUCCCGGGUUCUUUUUCCCAGGUUGCAGUAAGGAAUAGGUUUGCCGCUGUUGGUUUCGUGCCGCAUCUGUUUGUCAGUAUGCGCUUUCUACCGCCAGCCCCAUCCCAGCGAUUAGCAUUUUGUCCCACCACCGGUCUCUUUGCACUGUCCCCUCCUGGCUAUUUUAGACACUAAGAGAAUGUCUAACAAAUACAAACCAAAUGGAACGUGUAAAAAUAAUGUACAUUUUUGCUGUAUUUUUAAGUUAUUGACGGUCUAAAUACAGUAAGAUAAACCUC